AUGAGUAAGAAGCGAGUGAAGAUACCACCAGAGAACUUUCAGAAUAACUCGUCUCAAGCAACAACUAAUAAUGUCGUCGUCUCAUUUGGAACUGCAACUAAUAGUGACAUUUACUUUUAUGGAUUCAAUUCUAAUGCUUCAACAAGAAACAAUGCAUUGUCGUUUCGAACAGGAACCAAUGGCAACACUGAUCCAUGCGGAUCCGGUUCUAAUGUUUCAACAGGAAAUGAUAUAUUCUCGUCUAAAAAAACUACAAUCACUGACAAUUCCAAAAACUUCCAAAAGGAAUACAUUGUUUCAAGAACUACAACCAAUGACAACAUUGAUCCAUGCGGAUCCGGUUCUAAUGCUUCAACAAGAAACAAUGCUGAUUUACUGUCAAAUACUACGCAGACAAUCAACUUGUGCACCUCUUCUAAUCAAAUUAUUACUUUUUUUUUUGCAAUUCUUUGCCAAGUUAUCGCACAAGAAUUAAGGGCAUUAUCCCAACAAUUUAAUGAGCAGCAACAAAAAAGGCCUAGAAGUAUCCACACUUGUGACUUAUGCAAAAAAGAAGUGCAUAGUUCGAAGUUACCUUGUCAUGUACGAAUGGCCCAUCUGAAGAUACCAAUAUAUUUCUGUACAAAAUGCAAUAAAAGCUCAAAUUAUUCAAUGAAUAAUAUCAAAACUCACAUGACAAGAAUACAUAAAAUAGUAGAUCCUCAGCCAAUCGAUUAUACACAUUUGCAUGCUUUAAAAGUACGAAGAUUAAUGAAGAAGUGCUUCCCAAAAGUAAAAAGUCGAAACAUGGCUGAAUCAGACGACAGCGAUUAG